UGCAUUAUCAGAUACCACUAACUUUGUUCAUGACAAGAAAACCGAUAGCAAAUAUCAUAGUUUAACAUUGGUUUUAACACGUGAACACAUGAGGAAUUGAUUAUUGCUUUAAAAUAAUGGCGGAAUACUCUUGAAUGACUAAUGUAUAGCAAUGUUUUGUAUAAAUGCACGUAUUGAUAUGUUUGGUUUUACUGUUUGACUCAUUUAUUCAGUAACAGAGAUUUUUUUCAGGAUAAUACUUGUUCGUUCUCCAGGAGUUAUGUGAUAAUUGGAACAAUCUGGACAGUGACGGUUAGCUAAUUUUCGCUGUAUCAUCUGCAUUUACUUUUUUACCUGGUGAAUGUGUGCCUGGAUAUAACGGUAUUUUUUUGCACAUUUUUUGACUGUAGUAUCAGCUGAUAUUUUCAAGUUCAGGUGCAUAUAUACUAUUUGUGAAUGACCGAAUUUCAUUUACUAUAGUGUUUUAUGGGCUAACUUAAGUAUAAUAUUUCGAGUAACCGUAUAUGCCAUUUCGGAUAAGAAAGGUUUAAAGGACGACAUCAUACCUUAGUGGUGUGAUCUUAAAUUUCAUCAAGUUUAGUGUAGUGUGAAAGUUAAAAGUGACUCCAAGGAAGGUUAAGUAAAUUCAUUCACGAUGCAGGGACGGUUUCGUUUGAAGUUGAAGCAGUUUUUAAAUGUUACAAAUUGUUCUACAAAAAUAUCUGUUGGAUAUGGACAAAAACAUCCACCGGCGAGCGACUGGAGGAAAACUUGGUGGGAGUCCUUUGAGGAGACUCCACUUUAUGCGGCUAUCUGGACGUACCUUGGGUAUGGCAUGCUCGUCAUUGUGGGGUAUAUAAGGGACUUCCUUCGCAAUGUAGGAUUAGAGAAACAGAAAUCAUGCACGGAACCCAGGAUGCCGGGUUUUGUACCGUUGUACCAAAGUUGGGAGAAUUUCUACACCCGGAACCUAUACCGUCGGGUUCGAGACUGUUGGAACCGUCCUAUAUGCAGUGUGGCAGGAGAGUACAUGGACGUAAUGGACAGAACGUCACCAGAUCACGGCUGGAACUUCGAAUUAUCUGAGAAAAAGCACCAUGUCAUGAAUUUCGGGUCCUACAAUUACCUUGGUUUCGCCGAUAAUAAAGGCCCCUGCAAGGACUCAGCGGAAGCUACCACGCGGAAUUAUGGUAUUACAACAUGCGGCAGCCGACAGGAACUGGGUUAUCUAGAUAUACAUCGAGAACUUGAAGAGCUAAUUGCACAAUUCCUUGGUGUAGAAGCAGCCAUGACAGUGCCUAUGGGGUUUGCAACCAAUUCUAUGAAUAUGCCCUGCCUUGUUAAUAAAGGCUGUCUGAUCUUAAGUGACGAGUUGAACCAUGCAUCGUUAGUGCUGGGUAGUCGGCUAACUGGGGCCACUAUACGAACAUACAAACAUAAUGAUAUGGUCGAUUUAGAAAAGAAGUUGAAAGCAUUAAUUAUUCAUGGACAACCAAGAAGUCGUAGACAAUGGAAGAAAAUUCUUAUCGUGGUUGAAGGGGUUUAUAGUAUGGAAGGUUCCAUAGCGUGUUUACCUGAAAUUUUAAGACUGAAGAAAAAAUACAAAGCGUAUGUUUACCUAGAUGAGGCUCACAGUAUAGGGGCCGUCGGAAAUAAGGGGCGUGGUAUCGUUGACUAUUUUGGCAUUGAUCCAAAAGAUAUAGACAUUAGAAUGGGAACAUUUACUAAAAGUUUUGGAUCAGCCGGCGGCUAUAUAGGCGGCUCUAAGAAAUUGAUAAACCAUUUACGAUGUCACUCACAUGCGGCUAUAUACAGUCCCACAAUGCCACCACCGGUUGCCCAACAGGUCAUUACGUCAAUGAGAAUUAUAAUGGGCCUUGACGGCACACAUGAAGGCCUUAGAAGAAUUCAGCAGUUGAAGGACAAUAUACGUUAUUUCCGGCGGAGGCUUCAUGAAAAAGGCUUUAUAAUCUACGGAAAUAAAGAUUCUCCAGUAGUUCCAAUUCUCAUCUAUUAUCCAUCUAAAACAGUAGCUUUUAGUCGAGAAUGUUUGAAGCGUGGCCUUGGAACAGUAGUGGUUGGUUUCCCGGCAACUUCUAUCAUAGAAUCACGUGCAAGAAUUUGCUUGUCGGCUGCUCAUACACCGGAAAUGGUUGACAAGGCUUUAGACAUUAUAAAUGAAGUAGGGGAUUUAUUACGAAUAAAAUAUUCUCACAUGGAGUUGCCACAGUGGUGUGAAGAUGACACCAACGCUAAUGAUCUUAUACAGGACUAGGUUGUAUUCUACAGCAUUCUAAGGUCUGACCUCCCGUAGCAGGGUAUCAAGAUUAAGUUGUUGUAUUAGGGAACUGCUGUAUAUGUGGUAUAUUACUACAGGUGUGCAGUACUUUAUAAAAAUUACUCUGUACAGUUAUGCUGUGGAUUAUGUUGCUGCACUGCAGUUGUACAAGACAUAUUGUAGUAUGUACAGUUUUACAGUGCUUUACAUAAUUACUCUGCAGUUGUGUAUGACACUAUGUUGCUACAGAACAUGAAACACAGUUUUAAAGUGCUUUAUAUGACUACUCGACAGUUGUCUAUAGCAUUAUGUUGCUACAGUGCAUGGAGUAGUUUUACAGUGCUCUAUGUGGUUGGUGUACAGUUGUGCACAACAUUAUGUUGCUACAGUCAGCAUUUGUAGUACAAUUUUACAGUGCUAUAUAAUGUUUCUCUACUGUUGAGCACUACCUGAUUUAUGUUGCUACACAAUAUAACAUUGUACAGUAAGAUUUUUAGUUAUUUUACAAAUGUGCACUACAAUAUAUGGCUACAAUAUAGUAAAAUUUUACACUGCUAAAUCGAGGGUUCAACGCAAUAAGGGCGUAUCUACAUAUAAUAAUCAUAUGUAGAUACGCCCUUAUUGCGUUGAACCCUCGAAAUGUGGUUGCAGUAUAAUAUUGUUCACAGCAUCAUGUUGCUACACUGCAGUUGUAACUUGUACAGUACAUGAUGUAGUACAAUUUUACAGUGUUAUGUGUGGUAUGUGGUUACACAUUUUUCAAACAGUUGUACAUGGUAUUAAGAUAACUCUACAGUUGAGCACAGAUUUGUGUAGUUUUGCUAUACUCCAUGCUACAUGAUGAAAUUAAGAUGAAGUUUUGCUAUAAAAAACACAGACACUAAGCUAUUUUGUGUAGUUUGUGAUACUUAAAAUGCUACAGGAUAUAAUUAAGGUAUAGUCUUGCUACAUAAAGCAAAAUACUACACUGGUUUGUGUCGUUAUACAUACUUCACUUUACACUACAUGAUGGAGUUAAGAUAUAGUUUGCAACUAACAGCUAAGACACUACACAAAACAUUUUGUGUUGUUUUGCUACACUUCAUGCUACAUGAUGGUUUAUAGUUUGCAACAUAAAGCAAAGACACUGCUUUAGUUUGAGUUCUUGAAUUCAAGUUUGAAGAGAUGGUACUAGUGCAAUAUAUAGGGUCAUUUAAUCAAUUUUUUUUCAAAUAUAACCCGUUCUCUUAUGAGACUAGGAGACUAGGGAUAUGUUUCAAACAAAUACUUCGGUUUUGUCAUUAAUUUUGCCAUAAAUUUGAUUUCUGUAAUACAAAUUUUUGACAAAUUUUAAGUAUUCUAAUUACCAGUUACUAGAAUUGAUUGUACAAAGUGUUAACUUCUGGACAAAACUCUUAUGUUUUAUGAGAAACAGACACAAAAUUGGAAUUUGCACUAAAUGUAAAAAAAAUAACCAAAUCUUGGUCACUUGAAAUGCCAUCCACUUUUGUUCAAACUUGUCUAUUAGUUGGGUUCUUGAAACAGGCAUUGUGCCACAACAAAACUUGAUCAAAUGUUUAAAGUAAUAUACAGACUUACAUAGGAAAGUGAAACAGGCCUUGUCAUUAAUGUUAACUUUGGUGAACAAAUAUUUUAGUGUAACUAGCUGUUAAUGUUAACUUUGGUGACUGAUGUUUUGAGCAAUAUUUAUACUGACUUAUACAAGAGAGUGAAACAGGCCUUGUCAUUAAUUGUUAACUUUGAUGAACAAAUGUUUUGUAUUAAUUACAUUGUUGCAAAAGGCCAUUUUUUUUUAAAAUCAAACAUUUGUUAAAUUUCUACAUUUUAUUCCUUAUCAUGUGAAGCAUAUUGUCCAAACUAGACUGAAUUGAGACUCUUUAGAACCAAUGUGAUCAAAGCCUGCUUUUUUCAAAAUUUUUGAACAGAGAUGCAAUUGAUUUUUUUUUACGUUUAUACAUGUGAAUUUGUUUAGUGAUACAAGUCAUAUCUUUGCUGUGUUUAAUAUUUGUUUAUGGCUUAAGUCAAAUCAUGGAUACAAAGGCCAUUUCAAAUUUAAGCCGAACCAAAACCAAAACUGAAGCAAAUAUAUUAGAAUGCAUUAUGAUCAAUCAGCCAUUUUUAUAUAUUUUCUAAGGAAAAUGAAAAUGAAAUGAAAACAUACAUGAAUUGAAAUCCUGGUUAGGUUGGCUGAAUUUGCUGUGCAAAGAUGAAAAAGGUCAUGGGUCAAAUUACAAUUUUUCACCCAGAGAUUAAGAUCAAAAUUUGGCAUAUAUGUGAAAGUCCUAGCCAGUUCCAAAAUGAAUAAAGUGGAAAAAAAGAAAAAAAAACAGCAUGGUUUCAAACUCAGUUUUGGUUUAAUGGCCUUAAAACCCAUGCAUUUUAAUGCACAUCCUUGCAUUUGUGCAAAAUAUGAUCUCAGUAUUAGAUGAUUAAAGUCACAAGUUAAAUUGUACAAUGUUUUGUUAUAUAUUUAAAUCUGUUAAUGUUAGUAAGAUGAUUAUGAUAUUUUGUUUGUAAAUUUUAUUUAAUUGAGCACAGAUCUUAGAGUAAAAAAAUGCAUGAAUUACAUUUAAAAAUUUUAAAAAUUGACUUAUUAUCACCAUUAUUUACAUAAACCAAACAAUUUUUUAUGAUUGUAUACAGUUUUUGAUGUUAAUAUAUUUCAGAAUUGUGUCAAGGUUAUAUCAAAUUAUUUAAACAUGCACAUGUAUAUAGGAUAAUUUGCUGAUCAAGCAGUGAACAAUGUGAGUCACCCACAUGGGAGUGUUACAGCUCAGCCAGAUAUUGUGAACUGGUGAAAAAUAAUGCCAAUGGCUUUUGACAUUUGUUCAAUGGUUCAGAAUAUAGGCUGGUACUCUCAUAUGCAUGUGAUAUGAUAUGAUGAGCUAAUGUCUGCAUAUUAGCCUUUUUAAGAAUGGUAUGCUAUUUUUAGACUGGUAUGCAAUUUUUAUGGGUGUGCCAUCAUCAAUGUUGCUAAUGUGCCAUUAAAACUUGACCCGUUCGUUUUUUAUUGGAAUUUUAGUAAAUAAUAAUAAAUAAUUUGAGUAAA